AUGGCAAAUCCUUCGAUAACGGUAGGCACGUCUGAACGUACGUACGAUUCGACGGCGCGCGACGCAUUGGUGAAUCCGUACGGCGCCCGAUACGCGACGAUCGCAGAUGCAGAUGCGAUCGAUCAGGUGGUAAAAGAAGCGUUCGGCGCUUCAGCGCCUAAAUCGUCCGCGGCGAGGGACAUCAAGCGCGCUAACACGACGUACAUCGUGGCAACGAAAGGUCGUGGGGAUAAUGGUUCGUUCGAACAUUCUGAUGGAGAAGUGAGUGGCGGGUGGUCAAGUAAGUUUCGUUCGAUAUUCUCGUCUUCGAUUGGAAACUCAGAAUUGGAGCAAUCGGCGAGCAAGAUAGUUGGGUUGGUGGGUAUCUGGACCGCGGUAGAUCAAGCGCACAUUGUCGUGAUCGCGACCCGACCGAGCGAACGCGGCAAAGGCGUGGGGGAAUUGCUGCUGAUCGCCACGAUUUCCGAAGCCGUGAAGACCGGCGCGACGAAUGCGACGUUAGAGGUCCGAAAAUCCAACCUUGUUGCGCGUUCCCUGUAUCGGAAAUAUGGUUUUGCGGAUGUUGGGGUACGGCACAAGUAUUACCACGACAACCGCGAGGACGCCAUCAUCAUGUCGACACCUUCAUUUUCGAACUUGGAUUACCGCCGUUCUUUGAAGAGUCGGUGCCUCGCCUACAUCGCCUCUCGGGGAGAGACCGAGUUGCAGUUCGAUCUCAUUCCACGUCUAACCCUGUCCGACUAG